UAAACUUGAAGUUUCUUAGCCUCGACUCGUGGCACGUGAAAUGAUAGUAGAUCAUCAACGUCACCGUCGUGAAGAUACUUUCAGUAGCUUAUCGUCACUCUGAAAUAACACUUAGUCCAAAGUAUGAAUCAACUUGUCAUUUAGUGUUUAACCUCAUAUUUAAUAUUAUUGAUACCUAUAAUUUAUCAAAAGUUUCCAUUGACGUUUAUGUAAACAGUGCGUCAGAUUAUUAUAUUUUUUCUACAUACAUUUAUGAGGUGGAUUAUUUUGAAAUUAAAUUUAACAAAAAAUUAAUCAUUUACCGUAAAAUGAAUAAUCGUAAACCGAGACGUGAUUCAGAUGUUAUUCUUUCAAAUUAUAAUCAGAAGGAGCUACUGUUUAAAUUUCUUAUCAUCGGUGAUUAUGGAGUAGGUAAAACCGCAAUCGUGAGGCGAUACACAGAAGGCAAAUUUUCAUCGAAUUAUAAAAUAACAAUAGGCGCUGAUUUUGCAAUUAAAUCACUUGAUUGGGAUCCUCAUACUAAAAUUAAUUUGCAGCUAUGGGAUAUUGCUGGUCACGAAAGAUUUGGAUACAUGACACGAGUUUACUAUAAAUAUGCAGUCGCAGCUGCUCUAGUUUUCGAUAUUUCACGAGUAGCGACAUUCCAAUCGGUUAAAAAGUGGCUAACCGAUCUGCGAGAAAAGGUUACUUUACCCGAUGGCUCCAGUAUUCCAAUUGUUUUAUUAGCUAAUAAAUGCGAUAUACAACAUGUCGCUAUUCCUACAGAUCAAAUUAUUAAGUUUUGCAAAGAAAAUAAAAUUUCUAAAUGGUACGUCACUUCUGCUAAGGAUAACAAAAACAUCGAUGAAGCAGUACAUUACUUAGUAGAGAAUGUAUUGAAAGCCAAGAUAGAAGACGAAAUAAAGGACUCGAUAAAGUUACGCACUGCUCCAAUCACCACCGAGAAAAGUGGAUGUUGCAAGCUUUGAAUUAGUUACCAAAAAAUUAUUUCAAAACAAAUAUAGCAACAAUUUUCAGUUGCCUAAGAAUUUUUGUACAAAAGUAAUUUUAACCUUACUGCUUGUGAAUUAAUUAAGUUAAACUAUUUUUCCACUUUUUAUUCGAUAAAGUAUUUACAAAUAUUUAUAGUUUAUAAUUAUUACAAUUGUUAUACGCUCAUGCGUAAUUAUCACAGCGAUAAAUGCUGAAAAAUGAAACGAAUAAUUGCUCAGAACUAUAAAUAAGAAUAAUUAUUAAAAUGUAGAUAUAUUUAUAAAGUUUUAUUCGCUCAGUCAGUAUGUACAUACACUUUAUAAUCACUCGUUAAAUAUAUUUUUGUAAAUAUGUAAUAAAUAUACAUUAUUAUUAUUA